AUGGCUGCUCCCAAACCCCUCAUCACGCAUCUCUACACAGCAGACCCCUCAGCACACGUGUUCAACGGCAAGCUAUACAUCUACCCCUCCCACGACCGGGAGACAGAUAUUCAAUUCAACGACAAUGGCGACCAAUACGACAUGACCGACUACCACGUCUUCUCGAUGGACUCCAUUGACGGUCCCGUCGCAGACUCCGGCGUCGUUCUCUCCGCCAAGGACGUCCCCUGGGUUUCCAAGCAGAUGUGGGCACCAGACGCCGCCACCAAGAACGGAAAAUACUAUCUUGUUUUCCCAGCCCGAGACCAGGAGGGUAUCUUCCGCAUUGGCGUUGCCGUUUCCGACUCGCCCACUGGUCCUUUCGCUCCUGAGAAGAACUAUAUCCCGGGUAGUUACAGUAUUGAUCCGGCUGUUUUUGUCGACGAGGAUGAGAAGCCUUAUUUGUACUUUGGCGGUCUUUGGGGUGGACAAUUGCAGUGCUGGGAGAAGUCUGGCUCUGAGGUUAAGGAGGGCGAUAAGAUGAAUGGACUCGUCUUUAAUGCUUCCAAGUCCGGUCCACAAGAGCCUUCUGGUGCAGGUGUGCCGGCUUUGUGUCCGCGUGUGGGCCAGUUGAGCGAUGAUAUGCUCACUUUCGUCUCGCCUCCACAAGAGUUGCAGAUUCUGGCUCCGGAGACUGGUGAGCCUAUUGCGGCUGAUGAUCAUGAGAGACGCUUCUUUGAGGCGGCGUGGAUGCAUCGCUACAAUGGUCAAUAUUACUUCUCGUACUCUACGGGUGACUCGCAUUAUCUUGUCUAUGCGACGGGAUCUUCGCCUAUGGGACCAUUCACCUACCAGGGUCGGAUUUUGGAGCCUGUGCUGGGAUGGACUACGCAUCAUUCUAUUGUGGAGUUCAAGGGCAAGUGGUACUUGUUCUAUCAUGAUUGCGAGCUCUCUGGGGGUGUGGAUCAUUUGAGAUCUGUCAAGGUGCGGGAGAUUGUGUACGAUGCGGAAGGGAAGAUACACUUGGCUUGA